AGUCGGGGAAGCCAAGCAGAACAUUAUUCAAUGUCCUGCGUGACUUCCUCUGUACCUCGUUACCUCAGUAGGGAUAGAGAGCGAGAGACGAGAGUUAUGGCGACGGUCAACGGCAGCAACUUCAUCACCGUGGCUCGGCCGAGUCAACUCGGUUCCCGGAGGCGUUUCGCUUCGGCCUCCGUGCCCAGCUCCUCGAUCUUCAAUGACCGCGUUCGUGCUGCGAAAGUGAGAGCCGCCGUUCAGACGGCGACGCAGGAUCCUAUUGCAGUCGACAAGGAGGUUACCUCCAAGAAGAGCAUUUUAGCUUGCCCGAUAUGUUACAACCCUCUAACGCAUGCGGGUCCAGCAUUAUCCAUGGAUACUGUGUCUGAGUCUACUUUGCUAUGUAGCACCUGUAAGAAGACUUAUUUUGGCAACAAAACUCAUCUCGAGCUUACGGCCUCGAGUGGAGCCAAGGAAUAUACCGAAGCCAUGGCCCCGACGACAGAAUUUUUCAGGUUACCACUGAUCUCAUAUAUCUAUGAGAGGGGCUGGCGUCAAGGCUUUUCUGCAAUGGGAGGAUGGCCUGGUCCAGAAAAGGAGUUUGAGUUGAUUAAAGGGUAUCUUGGGCCCGUCUUAGGUGGGAAUAUCAUUGAUGCUAGUUGCGGUAGUGGUCCAUUUACCAGGCUCUUCGCCAAGAGUGGGCUGUUUUCCCUUGUUGUCGCACUUGACUACUCAGAAAACAUGCUCCGGGAAUGCUAUGAAUUCAUUAGGCGGGAGGAGAACUUCCCUAAGGAGGACUUGAUUCUUGUUAGAGCUGAUAUUUCAAGACUCCCUUUUGUUUCGAGUUCUGUCGAUGCUGUGCAUGCCGGUGCUGCUGUUCAUUGUUGGUCUUCUCCUUCAUCAGCUGUUGCUGAAAUAAGUCGAGUUCUACGACCUGGUGGAGUAUUCAUUGCGACUACCAUGAUCUAUGAUGGUCCUUUUGCUCUCAACCCUUUCCUGAAACCUAUGCAAAGGAAUAUGUUCCGGAUGUCUGGAAGCCAGAUUUUUCUAUCAGAACAAGAACUAGAAGAUCUCUGCAAAACAUGUGGACUGGAAGAUUUUAAAUGUACCAGGAAUCGGCGUUUCGUGAUGAUAUCCGCUACAAAACCCAGCUGAAGUCAAUGGUCUCUUCAGCGCUGAUGUUCACCAUCAAUUUGCUUCAAGAAAAGUGCAUUUGAGUGUUGUUUUGUUGUCUCUCUUGUUGGAGACCAUGACACCCCGCCUUUGUGCGGUAACAGGCAUGUAAUGCAAAUAGCCUUUCCAUUAACAAUCUCUAGUAGACUUGCCUCUUGGAAUUA